UGACGUCACACCAGCAGGACAUUAGCACGAGUCUCCCUAAACACGCAAUUUGAGGGAACUGUGACUUAAUUAACCUCUUAGACACCCCGGGACGCUGCGUGGCCGGCGCCUGAGAACCCCGGGGAGCUGGUGUAGGCGCUGAAGAGGCAGCGCUGGUCUAGGCAUCACCACACACCACCACCACCACCACCACAAUGUUUGGUCAGCCUCGGUCAACCUUCGGGGCCACCAACACCACGUUCGGGGCCAGCUUUGGCACUCCGAGCACCACCGCCAGCACCACCGGCUUUGGGGGCAGCACCUCCUUUGGUAGAUUUGGUGCCCCGCAGCAACAGACCACCAGCUUUGGCACUGGCACUAUGCCCUUUGGAGCCGCCACAUCCUCCUCUACGUCCCUGUUUGGUACUCAGCCGCAACAGAGCACAGGGGGACUAUUUGGCCAGCCCCAGACACAAGCAUCCACAGGCUUCACCACUGGGUUUGGGUCUACAAGUGGUGGUGGGCUGUUUGGCCAGACGCAGCAGCCCGGUACAGGUUUAUUUGGAGCGACGGGCACCACUGGCUUUGGGACGCAGCAAUCCACACAGAACCGCCCCUUUGGGUUCGGCCAGACCACCACCAGCACCACCACCACAGGAGGGCUGUUUGGCACCACCCCAUCCACUGGCGGCGGUCUCUUUGGCACCUCCACGGGGUUUGGCGGUGCAGGGGGAGCGGCGGUGAGCGGCACGACGGUGAAGUAUGAGCCAGUGACAGGCAGUGACACCAUGACCCGCAAUGGAGUGUCCACCAACAUCAGGACGCGCAUUGAGGUCAUCACCGCCAUGAAGGAAUAUGAGAACAAGUCAAUGGAGGAGCUUCGAGUGGAGGACUAUCUGGCCAAUCGCAAGGGUCCAGGGCAGGCCGGGGCACUGGGGGGCUUCGGCCAGAGCCAGCCCCAGGCCACUCCUUCCUCCGGGGGCCUCUUCAGCACCAGCACCGGCACCUCUCUCUUUGGCUCCAAGGCUCCAGAAAAUAAGUCACUUUUUGGCACCACUUCCACUGCUACUGGCUUUGGCACUACCAGCGGAGGCAGUCUGUUUGGUGCCAGCAAUGUGACGCCAGGGUUCGGCCAGCCCAGUACCACCAGCACAGGCUUCUCCUUUGGCCAGACACAGCAGCAGCAGCAGCCCAAAGCAACAGGGUUCAACUUUGGCAGCACAGCGACUACCACGCCCUCCCUGUUUGGCACCACGGCACAGCAGCCACAGCAGCCAUCCUUCGCCAUGCAGGGCUUCCAGUUAGGGCAGAACACGCAGCAGCAGAACACAGGUGGACUUUUUGGCACGCAGAACAAACCAGGCACGUCCGGCUUUCUCUCCACCCCCAACACUGGCGGCGGACUCUUCAGCAACAAGCCAGCUGGUAUAACACAGCCGCUCGGUACUGGGUUUGGCACCACCUCCGCCGUUACCCCCUUUGGAACCACCCCCAGUGCAUCUACAGGGGGUGGCCUCUUCGGGAACCAACAGCAGAACAAAGGCACUGGGCUCUUCUCUGCCUCCACGUUUAACACCGGCAGCACACCAUUUGGCAACACCGGUCUCUUUGGGCAAAACAACAACCAGCAGAAGCCAGGAAGCACCAUGCCAUUCUGUAACUUUGGCCCUCCGAAUAUUGGCACUAAUUUUGGCACCAACACUGGCAACGGUUUCCUCAACACCUCCGUGCCGUCCAACGCCCUGGGGAUUGGUGGCACUGGCAUCAACACAGGGUUUGGCGUGGCACAACAGAACCUGCUGGGCGGUGGAGGGGCUGGCACGGGUCUCUUCCCUGACCUUGGCAAGCUGGUGAAGGCCAUGACAGAGAAGCCCAUCUUUGACCUGGCUGUGGAGGGCAAGUCUGGAGCAGGUAAGGCCGGCAGCCCGUCCACCAAUGACCAGGUGUCCAAGCUGAACUCCAACCUGAAGCCCACCUAUGUGCUGUCCCCGUCCCUUGUCACCAGCACCAAGCCCAAGCCCAAGCCAGUCAACAAACCCACACACCAGAACAACAACCGGCAUUGGCUCUUCAAGGGACUGGAGGACCCUAAUGAGGAAAGCCCCGAGGAUUUCCUGAAGCCUAAAAAAUACCCCAGCGUUCGUACCCUUAACCUGAAGGUGUUCCGCGGGGCCAAGGCCGACAGCACCACCCCCACCACGCCCUUGGACACCCCCGGGAGGAUGAAUGGAGAAGUGGACGGCAGCACUAAGGGUGGAGAGGAGGGUGGUGAUAGACCCUCUCCACUCACCACUCCUCUUAGUACCCUUGGGGACUCCACGCCGCUGCCUCUUGUAAGCUGUAACAACAUUGGUCCCACGCAGACUCAUGACCACUCGCCCACACCGGAUAUCAUUAAGGGCCGAGGGAGCAUCAAGCACCUCAACCUGCCAGAGAAGACCAGCCAGCACAUGGACGACACACUGGCAGAUCUCAACGUGCGGGUUAAUAGACUGAAGGACCCACACCACAUUGACCAGGACUCUGAGGCCAAUAAGGAGAAUGACAACAGCGCCAACAUCUCCCUCUUCAAUGCCUCGGGUGAUGAUGACUUGCCUGAUGUCUCCAGCACCUCGGAGGAGCCACAUCCUGCUGGAAUCAAGCUACAGCGGCCGGGCUACUACACGCUGCCCCCGAUGGAAGAGCUGGCGCAGAUGGUGGUGACAGAGGGUGACUCGAAGCGGUGCCCCGUCGCUAACUUCACGGUGGGGCGCUAUGGCUAUGGCAAUGUGUGCUUCCUGGGGGUGACGGACGUGGUGGGGCUCGACCUGGAUGCUGUGGUGUUCAUCGUGCGGAAGCAGGUGGAGGUGUACCCGCCUGGCACCACCAAGCCACCGCGCGGACGCCAGCUGAAUCGGCCAGCUAUUGUAACUCUGGACUGCGUGUGGCCAGUGGACAAGACGACCCGCGAGGUGAUCAAGACUGCUGAGCGGCUGCAGGCGAUGGGCUGGACUGAGUACCUGGAGCGGCAGUGUGUCAAGAUGGACGCCUCCUUCCUCGAGUACCGCCUUGAGACUGGCUCCUGGGUGUUCAAGGUGAAUCACUUUUCAAAAUAUGGAUUGCAAGAUGACAACGAGGAAGAGGAUAUGGUGGCUGUUCCCCCUAAGCAGCAGCAGCAGCAGCAGGCCCCUACAGAUGCCCUGCUGCCCCCACAGACUACCACCACCACCACCACCUCCUCCCUGCUACCCCUCACCCUACCCCACAAGAAUGCUGGUCCCCCUGUCACUGCCCUCACCUCCCCUCCUCAGUUUUCUCUCAGCUACACCACCACCACCACCACAACACCGGCUCUCUCACAAGCUCAGCCGCCUCAAACCAGGUUCCUCGAGUCAGCCCUGCAGGAUUCCCAGGUACCUGAGGAUGACCUGCUGGACUCUGUGGCGAGGGAACCAGAGGAGAGUGCCGCCAUGAGCAUCCUGUCCCCGAGUGCCGAGCGUCUGACUGUGGUGUCGCGUGUGGUGCCGAGGACUGUGCAGCUGGCCAAGAUGCAGAUGUUUGGUGGCCGGGACGAGGAGGAGGAGGAGCAGGAGGACAUGGUGAUAGGGCGGGAAGUGCAGCCGUAUAUCACCACCACGAGAGAAAGCACACCCACGCCUCAGUUUCCGAAAGUGGUGAACAAGAGGCGGAUGAUGUCGGGUGAUGUGAGUGCAAGCCGUGUGUCCAGCCCUUCCCAGAGUGAGGCCAGGGCUAGGGUGGGUGUGCAGCCGACCCAAAGACCCCCAUCGCCAAAGACUGGUGCAAUUCGUGAGGAGCCCAGACUGCACGAGCCCCGCACUGAGUACCAGCUGCUGCCGAGUGGCCGGGACGAGGGCCAAGAAUUGGGCCACAUGCCACCCCAGCACCAGGCCACACAGAUCCCAAUGGCUGACUCCCUCCUGCACGGCAUACAGAACUGUGUGGCUGACAUGGGGGCAUUCAUGGGGCGUUCCUUCAGAGUGGGGUGGGGGCCUGGCUGGACGCUGGCUCACAUUGGCCCCAUGCUGGCCCUAGAGCAAGAGGGGGCCAGUGAGGGGGAGCAGGAGAGUGUGCCGUCCCAGCCCUCACCCCCGCCCUCCUUCCUCUUCGUGGGAUCUCUUGCCAGUCAGCCCAAGAUGGCCAAGGGAAAUGAAGGACCAAGGUACAAGGUGUUGAUGGAACAAGUACACACCAUCCAGCCAGACCACGGCACCAUCUCGGCCCUGGUGGAGGAGUGCCUGGCGUGCGUCCUACAACACAGCAUCCUAGAGAGCACUGAGGAAAUGGAGGAUCUCUCGGACCCUACAUCCUCCCCAUCCUCUCCAUCCUGCCCCUCCUUCAGACCCCUCAAGGACGUGGAACUCCUGCACCAGCUGGCUGAUACUGCUGCCCUUCACUCGUACCAGGAACCCGCGCUGGAGGAAAUCCUGACACUUUGUGUGGCUCUCUGGGGGCGCCUCGAUUUUACUCCCCCCAAAACAGACGGGGAGAGCGAGUACAGUGUGUCGAGGGCGCGGGUGGAGGCGGUGAGUCAGUGGCUGGAAUCAGUGAGUCAGGAGAUGGUGGUGCAGGAGGUGUCUGCAGCGCUGGGACCUGAGGGAGGGGAGGAGGGCUAUCUGGAGGCCAUCCUUGCCCACCUCUCCGCCAGGCAGGUCUCCCAAGCGUGUGUGUUGGCGCAGGACAGAGGAGACCACCACCUGGCACUGUUGCUGGCCCAGGCGUGCAUGGGGCAGGACACCCCCCGGCAGAUCAUGACAGAGCAGCUGGCUAACUGGGCUGAGGGAGGCACAGACGCCCUCAUGUCCCCCACCCGCCUUACCCUCUUCACCCUCCUGGCGGGGGCGGCCACUCACCAGGCCACCCACACCUCCCUCAACACCUGCACCGGCCUGGACUGGCGACGUGCCCUUGCCCUGCAUCUGUGGUACGUUUGCCCCGCCACGGCCACACUGGCAGAGGCACUGGAGGAGUACGACAAGGCAGCUGGUCUGGACAAGAACUCCACUGGGUACUGCAAUCCUCUGCCACCUUACCUUGCCACUCAUGCCCUGAGGAACAACAUGAGAGUAAGCCACGACAUGUGUUACCACCUAAUGAAGCUGUUCACGGACCCUCGCCACCCCUUAGAGGCCCUGCUGAACCCUGCCACAGCCACCCCUGACCCCCUCAAUGUGGCCAUCAGCUGGCUAAUGUGGCAGAUCCUGGAGAGCCUGAGUUACCACCACCUGUCGGACUACCACAACGCCAGCCUGCACCUCAGCAUGGCGGCACUGCUGGAGGCGGCGGGACACUGGCACUGGGCUGUGUUUGCGCUGCUGCACCUCGCCGACCAUGACAGAAGAAAACGUGAGGUGCGGGAGUUACUGCUGCGUCACGUGAGGGUGCGGGAGGAGGAGGUGGCGGAGGAGGAGUACGCCAGACAGGAGGCCUUUGUGCAGGAGAAGCUGAGGCUGCCCAGGAAGUGGAUCCACGAGGCCAAGGCAGCGAGGGCUCGGACACUUGGCUUAGUGGAUGAGGAGGCCUGGUAUCUACUGAAGGCGGGUGACCUGAAUUCUGCACAUGCCCUCAUUGUGGAUACUAUUGCACCCAACUCUAUUAUUAAUGAGGAUCACGAAUACCUGCUUGGCUACCUGGACCAGAUUCGAGCAGGGGAGCAGCACAAGCAGGUGGCAGGGUGGGCGGCAGGGGGCGGGGUGUACUCUGACUACCUGGAGGUGAAUGCCUUAGUGAGUGACAUGACCACCUCCCAGCAUCCCACACCUGCCCUUCUGGAACAGCUGCGCCCUCGUCUCCUCACCCUCUGCUCGCGUCUCAAUAAUCUUCAGUGUCGCACUGCCCUACACAGGUUAUGUGUGUCCGAGAUGAGCAAGAAGGUGGUGGGCGUGCUGCGUGCCGUGGUGGGGGAGGGCACAGACGCCACACAGGUCCUCUCACAGCAACUCUCCAGCCUUCCUCUCACACACGACUAUGCGCUGGCUGAACUCAACCUCAUCACCAAUCAUUACCUCACUCACCUGGCUGCUGAUACCUGAGCUUGCCUGACAGGUGAGCCCCACUCCUGCACCCCACCUGCUCCCUGUCCAUUUCAAUCCCUUCAUCAUGUCCAAGAUUGAUGGGUGAUGAGUAAGGGUUGCCUGUUUUGUUUCUUUUAUUUGUUUUUAUUGUGUUUGAAAGACUUAAUUUGAAAUAGUGGUAGUGAGGAUGUGACAGUGAUGGAUAAUACAGUGAAUAAAGGGUGUGUCUCAUCUUGUUGCGGUAAAAUGAGUUUGCAGGGAUGGGAGUGGUGACGUGGUGAGGAGACUUACUGUACUGUGCUCAAAGGUUUACUAAAAGGCUUGCUGGAGAAAGUGGUCCUAAAGAGAUGACGUGUAAUAGUGUUAGUUUUAUUCGCUAAGGGUGGAAAGAGUGACGAGUGGUUGGCGUCACUGCGGUGAAAACAAACUGUGUUGAAAUGCGACUGUAGUGUUUAAGAGACUAACUUGUUCAUGAGUUAGUUAUUUCAUUUAGUGCAGAGGUGAAGAGAAAUUAAUGAAUGUUCUGAUUUGACAUGAAGAAGAAUUGUGUUUGGAAUAGACAGUGAUGGUUAAAAAAUAUUGGAAGUUAUUGUGAGAGAAAACUUAAAAAAAGAAAAUGUGGAAUGUUAUUGAUGUCCUAGAAAGAAAAAAAGAAAAAAUGUCCAUAAGUUAUGAAGAGAAAUGGUUAAAAAGUAUUACAAUUUGAAAAAAGAAAAAAAGCAUGAAAAAAUGAAAUAUGGUGAGAAAUAAAAUGUUUAAAGAAGAAAUUGAGAGAAAUAGAAUACUGUAAAGUUUAAGACAACCCUCAUUAGUCUAAAAAACAGAAAAAAGAAAGAAAAGAAAAAGAAAAAGAACCAACGAUUUAUAGAGGUGAAGCAAGGUUGAGAGUGCCAUAGAUGGUGCUGGUGGCUUGAUGUAGAAAUGCAGUUAUGAGCCUUAAUGAUUUAGCUUGUAGAAAAUGUUAAAAGGUGACUUGCUCGGAGCUGGCUUGGGGGAGACGCUGGAACUAAUACCUGUGUGUGUGUGUGUGUGUGUGUGUGUGUGUGUGUCAGAGGUGAUGUUUUUAAUGGUUCCAGCAUUUGAGUGUAUGUUUUCUAGGUUGUUCUUUUAUACUGUUGAUUGUUCCUUGUGUGUUUUCUUGUCUCUGGGCAUCAUUUGUAAAAGAAAACACCUAAAACUUGAGUAGAAAUUAACAGGAAAUGCUGAAUGAGGUGUAGAUAAGGUACAAAUUCUCAUGUAAAAGUACACACACACACACACACACACACACACACACACACACACACACACACACACACACACACACACACACACACACACACACACACACACACACACACACACACACACACACACACACACACACACACACACACACACACACACACACACACACACACACACACACACACACACACACAGUAAUACAAUUCCCCAAAUAUAAAGCAGUAGAAUAUUGAAAUGCAAAUAAUGUACAGAAAUUUUAAAGAAUAUUAUGGUAAGCUUAUAAAAAAAGAACAAAUUUAACACACACACACGCACACAAACACACAAAGCAUUCAACACUGCCAAAUAUAAAUGUAGUAGGAAGUCACUCAUAAUACUUAAAACAAAUAGGAAAUUGUAGUCAUGUUAUUGUUCUUAUGUCGUUUAAAAUGUUGACAGGAGAAGGAACAGCAGUGAAUGGGUGAUUGUGAAGACUGUGAAUAGGACGUGUGAUAUAUGUUAGACGGAUUGGAUAUAAGGUCAGGUUAGGUUAGGUUAUAAAUUGUUAGCAGCUUAAUGGUAUAGGUUUGUUGUAAGAGGUAAAGUUAUGUUGAAGGUUGUCUAAUGUUUAAUGUGUUGGGGUGUGACUGAGAGAUAGAUGAAGUCAAAAUUAUGUGUGUGUAUGUAUGUAUGUAUGUGUGUAUGUGUGUCUAGCUCUACUGAAAUACUGAGAAAAAUAAGGCACAUGACAAUUAUGAUAAACUGUAAACUGGAAAGACAAAAAGUGAUUAAAGUUGAAGUGUAAAAUAGUGAAAAAUGUAGAAAUAGCUUUGAACUGAGUAAAAGUGAAAUGAAUGACCUGCCAAGAAGAAAUGAAUUAAUGAGAGAAAUUUAGUAUUUAUCGAAGGAAACUGAAGUGAGAAAUUAAGGUAAAAAAAAAAAAAAAGUCGAUGAGGAGAAGUUGGUUAAUGAAAGAUAGGACAAAAAAAAAAAAAAACAAGGAAAAAUAAGUAAAGGUGAAAUAGAAAAGAAAGAUAAGUAAAAAAAAUCAAGGAAAGAUAAAUAAAGAUGAAAUAGAAAAAUAAAUGAAAGUGGAAAGAAAAGGCAUGAUGUAACUUGAGCAAGAAAUUAGUGCCAGUAAUGAUGAUGAUGAUGAAUGUUAUGUAAGUGUGCUAAAUUGAUAACCUGUAUAUGAAAAAGUUUUAUAUUUUGUGGAAAUAUAAAAGAAAGAGGAAUACACAUUGCUUAUUUAUUUGCAAGGUUGUAAGGCAUCCUAAGAUUGUGUGUUUGUUUUGUUGUUAUUAUUAUUAUUAUUAUUAUUAUUAUUAUUAUUAUUAUAUAUUAUUAUUAUUAUUAUUAUUAUUAUUAUUUUGAGUGUGUUUGUGUGUUCUCCAGUAACUUGUGAUAAUUUUGUGUUCUUUUGUGUGUAAACUAUUUAUGUUUGCAUUCAGAAACUUGUGUUUUUGAAUAUAUAAGUAUUAAGUUUUCUUUUAGUGUGUGUGUGUGUGUGUGUGUAAGUAAGAAAGAAAAUAAAUGGAAAUAGGAAUCAAUGAAAAAACUUAAUGUAAAUGUAAACAAUUGUGUCUAAAGGUGUGACUUAUUUUUACUAGGAAGCAGGAAUGGUGUGUGUGUGUGUGUGUGUGUGUGUGUGUGUGUGUGUGUGUGUGUGUGUGUGUGUGUACAUAGCUUGAGGCCCCACUAUGGUUGACGGAGGCCUAGUGGUUGAGUGGCUCUUGGCAUCCUGCUCUUACAUGACUCUUCUCUUUUUAAUAACAAUAAAUGGAUGAUUUCA